AUGAAAGAAUUUGACUGGGGUUGUGGCGGAACAGGCCAGGGCCAUAAGUACUAUAUGUGCCGCUGUGGAAAUGUGGACUGGUUGGGGUCGGUGUCGAAUUGUAUAUAUGAGCAGACCGACGACCAGGGAAAGAUUGACCAUGCUUUGAAGCACGUCACUACAAGAUGUCUCCAAAAGGGCCACUUCCAUUACUCCGUGGACGAAAUGAAGACAUGGAGGGAAAACGCUACUCAGUAUAUCCAGCAGCCUACUGAACAAAAUAAGGAGGAACAGACCUACCAUCCGUUGGGCGUCAAUGCCACAGAUUUCCACCUUUACAUGCGUUCUUUUGACGAAAUUAACCAUCACGUCUUCAAGUCCCAGUGGCUCGGCUGGGGGCUUUUAUGGUACUGGGUUGCAGUGAUUGGCAUCUUCUCGGUGCUUCAUCUCCUGAAGACCUACCUUGGAGUAAGGGCGCCCAGAACAAUUUCUCAGGUUUGCUCGAAAUACCUCACGCCUGUUCGUCUCUGGGGAUACACUUUUGGCGACAUGCUCGUGAUGGGACUCUUUUUAGUCUUCACCGUUUUGGCUACGGCGCUUUCCUACGACGUCCAGCUUCCCAACAUCUACAUCAACGACGUGUACUUCUUGACCUUGGACUUGAUUGGCUACCGCUCGGCUUUGAUUUCGUUUUCUCUCCUCCCCGUGGUUUUCAUGUUUGGCCUCAGAAAUAACCCAUUUACGCUUUUGACCGGAUUCUCCAGAGCAGAGUUUAUCAAAUACCACACCUACGUUGCCAUUAUCAUGUCAAUUGAGGCACUCAUUCACUCCGCAGUGUGGACAGACUACGCCAUCAACGAUGCCGGGUACCUGGCUUGGGGUAUGGAUGACUACUGGAGAUGGGGUGUAGUGGGAACCAUCCUUUUGUUUCUCAUGAUUGGCCAGAGUUUCCAGCCCGUCAGAAACUUCAUGUACGAGGCCUUUUUGAUCAUCCACAAGGUCUUCGGGUGGCUCUUCAUUGUGUCGAUGUGGUACCAUUGCAUUACUCUUGGCUGGAUGGGCUGGAUCUACACCAUGAUUGCGCUUACAGUGUACGACAGAGUCAUGAGAUGGAGCAAAAUGUUUAUCUUGAACCGUGGGCUUACUGAGCUUUGCAUCAACGUAAUUGACGAUAAGACUCUUGAGUUGAUUUUGCCCAAACCACUUGCAUACGACAUGGCCUACCGUCCUGGCAACACGGUCUAUGUUACUUUCUUCCAUACCAAAAUCUGGGGUCAGUGUUUGCAAUCCCACCCAUUUUCCAUUCUUUCCUCGCCUGCUUCGUCGCCCGGUGUGUUGAAGAUGUAUGUCAGAGUCAAGAAAGGAGCCACCAAGAGCCUUCUCAAAUUGCCCACCGACGAAAAGGGCAGAAUGUGGCUCUGGUGUCUUUUGGACGGUCCCUACGGCGGCAAGACAAUCAAGCAUAAGGAUAACGACGCUAGAGUAUUCAUGGCUGGUGGUCUUGGAGUGUGCAGUUUGUUCCCAUUCAUUUACGACAAUGCUGCCGGUACCAAGCUUCUUUGGACCGGCGCUCAGGUGACGGUCUUUGUUCGUGAAACUGAAGGUGUGAAGUUAGAUGACGAGAAGUUGGAGUUUGUCAAGGUUGUGGAUAGCCGACCUGAUGUGAACCAAUGGGUGAGCGAUUGCAUCGAGGAGGCUAAAUCAGAGUCCAAGUCUGACUUGUAUGUUUAUUCUUGCGGUCCAGGUGUGAUGGACGACCAGAUCAGAAACAGCUGCAUGGACCACAUUGAGGUGGGUCUGCCAUUUAAUGUUCACUACCAGUCCAUGAACUUCCAGUGGUGA